AUGGACUGCAGAAAAUUUGAGAUAACCCUUUUGUCAGCAAAUGACUUGGAAGAUGUUCGAAAAUUUUUCAAGAUGAAAGUUUACUUGAGGGUUUCAAUAGGGGGAAGCAGCGAAGCAGAGAGGAGAACUCCAGCAGACAAGCAUGGCGAGGUCAACCCUGCAUGGAAUUUCACUUUGAAGUACACCAUAAAUGAGUCCAUGGUACAACAUUUCAACACUGUGCUCGUCAUUAAACUGUACUGUAAACGUAAACUAGGGGAUAGGUACAUAGGAGAAGUUCAUACCUCCAUGAAAGAUUUGUUUGAUUAUGCAUAUCCUGUUGGGGGCAGUGCUGUUGUGAGUCAUCCUGUGCAAAAUGGUUCUGUGAAUUCACAAGGAGUUUUGAGGUUUUCUUAUAGGUUUGGGGAAAAGGUAUGCAUCGACAAACUCCUGUUAGCUGAAAGUCUUGCUGAUUGGAGUUCAUGGAAUUUUGUUUAG